AUGAGUAUUCUCGGUAUUCUUGAAGCGUCUCGAGAAGGGUUCUUGGAGACAGUGAAGAACCUGCUGCAGAAAAAGGUUGACUUGGAAGUGACUGACCGAGAAGGGCGCCGCCCCCUGCACCUCGCGGCCCUGGGAGGCCACGACGGCGUGGCGAGGGAGCUCCUCCUCCGAGGCGCGGACGCCAGUGCCGAGACGCCCGAAGGUCUCUGCUGCGUUCAUUAUGCUGCACUGGGCGGGCAUAUUAGCACGCUGAUGCUUUUACUGGAAUUCCGCUGCGACAUCCAGGCUCUGACGAAGGACGGGUCCACCGCCCUCCACUUGGCAGCUGCGCGCGGCCACCCGUUGGCCGUCGAGUGGCUGGUGACACAGGCCGGCCUGAGGGUUGAUUCCGCCAACAAAAAGAACGAAACAGCACUUGACUUGGCUCGAAAAGCGGGACAUAAAGCCACAGUUCAGUCUUUGCUCCAGGUCCAGAUAUCGCUUAUUCUAACGGGCGGUGACGUCGGGACUCUGAGCCAGUUGGUGGAAGAAUUUGAUUUGGAUGUCUUGUGCGCCAAAGAAAAUGAUAAAGGUUUUCGGUCUGUCCACUACGCUGCAUGUGGGGGCAAUGUUGAAGCACUGAGGAUCCUUCAAGAUAAGAAGUAUGACAUGAACUCUGUGACCAGUCAGGGAUAUUCAGCUCUGCACUAUGCGGUCAAGUACUCUCACCUGGCGGCUGUCAAGUGGCUAGUCAAAAAGGCUGGCCUGGAUGCUGCUCUUCCGGGCAGAGGUGUCGCCUCUGCCCUGGAGCUGGCCAGACGAAAAAGGAAUGAAGAGAUUGUAACAUAUCUAGAAAGGUAUUAA